AUGGCCACUCUCGGUGCUCAGGCCCCUCAUGGCCCCGAUAUGACCGGCACCCACAAUCCUCUGGAGGACAUGGACCUCCACGAAAAGGGUGCUUUUGAUCAGCUCAUCCGCCCCGAUGACAGCUACACGGCUGACGGUACCUACUGGGCCGAUCUGCCGCUGCUCAGGAGAGUCAAGUUUGUUGGCUCCUACGAUGCCCAGGAAGCCAAGCGGGAGCUCAGAGGAAUCUGGGGCAUGAUCAAGGAGGAUCCUCUGUCUCCUGUCUCUUAUUACUUCCGGAAUAUGGUCCUGCCUGGUGCUGGUCUUGGUCUCGAAGGUUACGUGCUCUUCUCUAUCGGAAACAUCAAGCCUCUGUUCCAGGCCUCCUUCUCGUCCUGCUGGAAGGAGUAUAAGACCUGCGACAAGUCAUGGAUUGCUGCCAUCGACUAUCUCGAGAUUCUUGGUAUCAUUGUCGGUCAGAUUCUAGUCGGUAUCUUGGGUGACUGGGUUGGUCGUCGCUGGGGUUUGAUCCAGGAUGCCGGAAUCAUGUUGCUUGGUUUGAUCAUGCUCAUCGCAGCCUGGGGUGUCAACGAGAAUGGCUGGAUUAUCUGCUACGCCUGGUCUCUAUUCGUCUACGGUGUCGGUGUGGGAGGUGAAUACCCCAUGACCGCCACCAGCGGUAUGGAGAACGCUGUCGGCUCCGGAAAGGUCUCGACCAAGGAGGAUCGUCUCCACCGUGGUCGUAAGGUCACCAGCGCUUUCUUGAUGCAGGGUUGGGGUCAAUUUUUCAACCAGGCUAUCCUGAUCAUCUUGUUGCUGAUCUUCCACCAUGGAAGCGGUAACCCGCCCUACUCUGCCGUUGCCGCCCAGUGGACCUACCGUAUCUCCUUCGCCAUUCCCGCUGCCGGAACCCUGUGGCUGGUCUACUACCGUGCCUACCACAUGAAGGCUGCUAGUAAGCAGCUGGACGCCGCUAAGAAGAAGGCUUCCGUCACCGGCUAUGAUAUCAACUCUCUCAAGCUUACCCUCAAGUACUUCGGUCCUCGUCUGUUGGCCACCACCGGUGGUUGGUUCGCCAACGAUGUUUUCUUCUACGGCAACAAGCUUUUCAGCUCCGAGUUCAUCUCGAUUCUGAGUCAUGAUAGCAAAUCUCUCAUGCCUACCUGGUUGUGGAGUUUGGUCAACGUUGGUGUCUCGUUGGCUGGAUACUACUGUGCCUCCUUCUUGGUGGACAACAAGCUCUAUGGUCGUAAGUGGAUGCAGAUCAUCGGUUUCUUGAUGUGCUUCAUCAUGUUUAUCGUUCCUGCUUUCCACUUCGAGUACUACAAGCGGCCCGAGAACAUCCACGCGUUCCAGGCGAUGUACUUCCUGAGCUCCUUCUUCAACCAGUUCGGUCCCAACUCCAUCACUUUCUUGGUGGCCGCCGAGGUCUUCCCCACUCCUAUCCGAGCUUCGGCUCACGGUAUUUCCGCUGCUUGCGGUAAGCUGGGUGCCCUGUUGGCCUCCGUGCUCUACAACUACAUCAGCACUCAGACUAAGUUCUACUUUGUGCCUUGGUGGGGUCUGGCUGGCAUGGUCGUCACCUGGCUCUUCCUUCCCGAUACCACUGGUCUGGAUUUGAAGGAGCAGGAACGUCGCUGGCAGUACAUCCGUGAAGGUCGUGAGCACGAUUACCAUGGUCCUGCUAUCCACUCGAAGCAUCUGUCUGUUUGGGAGCGUUUCCGCGGUGUUGGAAAGAACUAUGACGCCGAGCUUGACUACAAGCAGAAGGUUGAGGAGUUCCGCGCCGAGUGGGAAGCUGCCAUGGCCCGCAAGAUGGAUGAGACUACCAAGGGCGAUGACUACCUGCAGGACACUGACGAGUCCCUUCUGGAAGGCCACGUCCACUCCUACUUCCACCGCACCAGUCCCAUGUUCCGCGGUAUGGAGGAGAAGCCUUCUACGAGGACGGAUAACUUCACUCUCCCCCCGGCUGCGCAGGACGACUCCGAAGAUUCCUUCAACGAGAAGAACGGCCACUAG